AUGCCGUUGACGACAGCCCAAAAAGAAGAGCCAUUAACGGUAGAACAUAGAUGUACCGUCAACUUGAACAUGAAAUCCCGGCCGCCGGAAGGAAAUGAGAACAGUAGUGCAUUGGGCGGGAAGGCGCUUGAGCGAGCCGUCGUCCAAGAUACGCGAAAAGAGGCGGUCGUGGUCGUGGUCAAUGACGAACAGUUGUUUGGACCGACGACGUCAACAAACAAGACCAUGUUCCUUCCUUCCUUCCACCGUCAUGUCUCCACAAUGCUCUGCCGUGGACCUUCUUCACAUCGUGGUUGUUGCCAGUGCUCGUUGAGAUACCGGUCCAGCUUGUCAUCGGCGACAACAGAGGAUUCUAGCAUGGAGUUUCUUCAACUUGAUUAUGGCGUCCUUUUUUCUGCGACGGGACCUUUGGAGAUCGACAAGGGUACCUCCGUGGCUGCGAUGAGAGCGUCGCAAUAUAACACGUUACGCGAUGCUCUUCCUCAUUCCUGGCUCGGCCUAGCUUCAGUACCUUGGCGCCCAGCGGCCCCAAACCUGUUUUUGGUUGUGAAUUCUCUGGUCUACGCCAGUCAUACGCGGAUUCACCUCAUCCCAGAUGGCGGCGGUGAACAUCUGGAGAUAGCAUCUGGACAAUGGAUAGGUGUUGGCUAUAUUUUCGCAUGGAAAUUUCCCCACGGUCUUUUGCCCCUCCAUGGAACCCCGGAUGACUCUGUUUCUACUCAAUCAUUCUCGGCUUCUUAA